AUGCGGGCGCAUAUAGUCAAUUUUCACGUUCCGGCAGCCGAUGUUUAUCGUGCCCUAUUCAAGUUUGGUGUGUUCAACGCAGUUCAAUCAACUUGUUAUGAUAAAGUGACUCCUACUGGGAGCGGAAAGACAGCUCUGUUCGAGCUCGCUAUCAUCCGUAUGCUCAUGGAAUCAAGCAACUCCGGUCGUCAGAGCAAAUGCAUCUAUGUUGCUCCCACUAAGGCAUUAUGCUCGGAGAAACAUCGAGAUUGGACGAUUAAAUUUCAAGCGUUAGGUGUUAACUGUUGCGAGUUGACAGGUGACACCGUGCAAUUUGGGAGGAGUGCUUGGGGUGAGGCGAAGAAUGCAGCUAUAAUCGUCACAACUGGCGAAAAAUGGGACAGCUUGACCAGGAACUGGGAAGAACACCAACAAAUCUUGUCGCAGAUCACGCUUUUUUUAAUCGACGAGAUACAUAUCCUUAACGAGACCCGCGGCAGCACCUUAGAAGUGGUGGUCUCACGGAUGAAGUUGCGAGGCACCUCUGUUCGUUUCGUCGCGGUCUCGGCCACCGUUCCGAACGUUCAGGAUGUGGCUGCUUGGUUAGGUAACGAGCGGAACGGCGGUUCGGCCGUUAUCAUGGAGUUCGGAGAGGAGUAUCGCCCAUGCAAGAUUGUCCGCCAUGUGGUUCCUGUGUUGAAGAAACGAGACCAGAAUGAUUUCCAGUUCCAGCGCAUAUUGGACUACAAGCUGUACGGCGUUCUUCAGCAAUACUCCCAAGAUAAGCCGGUCCUCAUUUUCUGCGCAACUCGCAAGGGCAACUUGAUGAUGACUUAUGUAGGAGUUGUUGCUUCAGCGGAGCAGCUCAUGAAGGAAUAUGGGCAAAGUCUGAAUAAGAGAGAUCGCUUACCUUGGACGAAACCUGGAGGGUUCACUACAAAUUUCUCUGCAUCAUGGCUGGCCAUUUGUGGCAUUGGCAUCCAUCACGCCGGGCUGACUUGGGACGACCGACGAGCGAUGGAGGACCUGUUCCUCAAGAAAGUGCUUCGGGUUAUUGUAGCUACAUCGACGCUUGCGGUGGGCGUGAACCUGCCUGCGCACACUGUUAUCAUCAAAGGUGUCAAGAUUUUCGCUACUGACGGCUGGCAAGAAUACUCGGAUUUGGAUAUCAUGCAAAUGAUGGGUCGGGCUGGUCGUCCGCAAUUCGACAAGGAAGGAGUCGCGAUUAUCAUGUGUGAGACCGAGCUGGAGGCCAAAUACCAAGCGCUUGUACAGGGCCGCACCUUCCUGGAGAGCUGCUUGCACAACAACCUUGCAGAGCAUAUCAAUUCUGAGAUUGGCCUCGGGACUAUCACCAACAUCAACUCUGCAAAGGAAUGGCUCCAUAGCUCCUUCCUCUUUCAACGUAUCCAGCAGAACCCUCGACAUUACGCUAUCGGCAAAGAGGGCAAUCAGACGUGGCAAGAACGCAUCGACAAUAUGGUAACGGAGAGCAUCGAACGGCUGAGAGAGAAUCAGCUUGUCGAGCUGUCGAAUGACGAUAGCUCAAUAUUAAAAUCGACUGAGUAUGGGGACAUUAUGAGCAAGUAUUACAUUCGACAAUCAACGGUACGUUUAAUGCGCUUUUCAUCGACCUAUCUAGCCCUUCACUGUUCUUUGAUAUCAAGAUUCGGGCCGGCGAGAAACAGGUUUAUAUAUGGCAAACUUAAAGCUCAUGACGAGAUACGCUUCAAGAUGAAGAAAGUUGAAAAGGCCUUAGACAAGAUCUCGUUGAUCAUCCAAGCGGUUCUUGCAGGACUCAGCUUGAACGAUGGCGAGUACAAGAAUGGAGACAACCAACCGUCUCUAGAAGCUGUGACCAUUUGGAGGCAUGUUUCUAGGAUCGCAAGAGCCAUGGUCGAGGUCGCGAUAGCGAGACAGUGCGGUGCACAAGUAAAGCACGGGAUGGAACUUAUUGAGCUGCUCAAUCGUCGCCCAACAUUCGGUCAUGAAGUGCUCGCCUUCGUCAAAUCCCUUCCCGAGUACUACAUUCAGGUCGAAGAGGUUGGCACGACACUGAGUGAUGGAGCGAGCCCUGUAGAGAUCGAAUUGUCCGUCACGGUUGGCGUAAACGAGGAUACCGGCGUCGACUCUGGAAAGUUUAAGAAGGGCAAAGCGAAGCUCAGAGACUCGACCACAAUCCUCUCACUAAACUCAGAACUCGAUUUCAUCGAUUUUCGAAGAAUUUCAACGAAAAUGCUUAAGCCUCCGAAGACGUUCACGAUCACCGCUCACUUGACGAAGCCUAGUCAAUCUGUAAUAGUGCAAAUUGCAUCUGAAACUAUCGCGGGCGUCGCCGUGACUUACACGUAUAAGCCCAAGCUGGCUUAUAGGGCGUAUCCUACAAUGAUUACCCGACCGCAAACUACUCUUGAGCGAGAUUUGGAGGGGAUUGAGGACGACGCUGCAUUCUGGGAAGCAAUGAAGGACUGGCCCUCGGAUGACGAGGAGGUUGUGAAGAAAGACCUUACCCGUAAGUGGACAGCGAUCUGCGUGCAUCGUAUAUUGAUGCUGUCCAGCAACACUUUCGUCUUCCAACGUAGCUUCUCAACCGAGCAAGCCCAAUACAACCUUGAGGCAUCUUUCAAGCCAAAGAGCGAAAGAGGGCCAGAAAGACGAGACUGAGACCGUCAGCACCUCGCCAAUGCCGAAGAUACUUCCGAACGGCAACUAUGCGUGCGUCUAGUCGCUCCCUAAACCACUGUUCUCACACGUCGUUUUAGAUGUAGUCAUCCUUGCAAAGAUAAGACUGCUUGCAAACACCUUUGGUUCGUGUAGCGCAUAGCUUUU